CUUCAUAUGUGGCGAGGCGCAGAGAGCAAAACCACACAUCGAAGCGAGCGAGAAGAAGAGCUUUAGCAGAUUGGAUCUUAAACCCUAGAAACAAUGGUGCGAGCCAAUGCCAAUGCGAAGCUCUCGUCAAUCUCGCUGGUAGCGAAUGAAGAUUUCCAGCACAUUCUGCGAGUGCAGAACACGAACGUGGACGGGAAACAGAAGAUCAUGUUUGCUAUGACGGCGAUAAAAGGUAUCGGCCGUCGUUUCGCCAACAUUGUCUGUAAGAAGGCAGACGUCGACAUGAACAAGCGGGCUGGUGAACUUUCAACUCAAGAACUGGAUAACCUGAUGACAAUUGUUGCAAAUCCUCGCCAGUUCAAGAUCCCCGACUGGUUUCUGAACAGGAAGAAGGAUUACAAGGAUGGGAAAUAUUCUCAGGUGACGUCCAAUGCACUGGAUAUGAAGCUGAGAGAUGAUUUGGAGAGGUUGAAGAAGAUCAGGAAUCACCGUGGUCUCCGUCACUACUGGGGUCUUAGAGUCCGUGGACAGCACACCAAGACCACUGGCCGAAGGGGAAAGACUGUUGGUGUCUCCAAGAAGCGAUAACCUGGUUCCCAGUUUUUUUCUUUUUUUGAAAAAAAAAAAAAAGUUUUGCAGCUAGUUUUGUUAGGGGUUUUCGCUCACAUUACUAAUUUUACUUAAAAAGAGUUUUAUCUUUGGUUAUGAGUAACUUGCAACCAGCUGUUUUCAGCUACCCAUCUAUAUCAUUAUCUUCUAUUA